AUGGCGGGUUGUGCCUGCGGGUUCGUGCGGGCAGUGCUCGCCUUCCUGCUGGCGCCCGCGCUGGUGACUCUGCUGGUGGCGCCGGCGCGAGGCCGGGGCGGCCGGGGCCACGGGGACUGGGACGCCGCCGAGCUGCUGCCGCCGCUGCCGCCCCGGGAGAAUGCGGCGCUCGUGGCCCGCUUCGUGACAAACGUCUGUGACUGGGGCGCACUGGCCACCAUCUCAACGCAGGAGGGGGUGCGCGGCCGGCCCUUUGCCGACGUCUUAUCGCUCAGCGAUGGGCCCCCGGGCAAGGGCAGCGGCGUGCCCUACUUCUACCUGAGCCCGCUGCAGCAAUCGGUGGGCAACCUGCAGGAGAAUCCAUAUGCUACAUUGACCAUGUCUUUGGCAGAGACUAGUUUCUGCAGAAAAUAUGGAUUUGAUCCCCAGAGUCCCCUCUGUGCUCACAUAAUACUAUCAGGAACUGUUAUCAAGGUGAGUGAAACAGAAAUGGAUGUUGCAAAGAAUUCAUUAUUCAUUCGACACCCUGAGAUGAAAACCUGGCCAUCCAGCCAUAACUGGUUCUUCGCUAAGUUGAAUAUAACCAAUAUCUGGGUCCUGGACUACUUUGGUGGACCAAAAAUAGUGACACCUGCAGAAUAUUAUAAUGCCACAUCUCAGUAA